AUGCCAAUGCCGCGAGAGGCAGCCAUGUUGCAAGUCUCUUCCACUUCCACUGCUAAGAUCCCCAUGUAUGCUUCCCUGCCCGAUAGAGUCAUUGGGAAAGACGGCGUCUACUCCCAACAAAUUUACUAUGAGACCGGGGUCAAGCUCGCUGUAAUAGAUCACGAAACGGAUCCAAAACUACAAUACAUUGAGCUCACGGGUACGUAUGAUGGGAUUAGUGUGGCUGCCGAUAUGAUCCGUUAUGAUAUGGCGAAUCGCCGCGUCCCCAUGGCCAGCAGGAUCAAAACAAAGCUUUGCAAGAACUUUUUCAGAGGCCAUUGCCUCUUAGGAGACAAGUGCUGGUUUGCGCACGGAGAAAAAGACUUGCACAAGAACCAUGUACAGAGGAGUCGGUGCUCAAGAGUCUACUCAAUAUUGACAAAUUAG